AUGUCCACUUCCCGUGUUCUCGUCACGCUUCUCGAGAAGGGGGAGAUCUUUAUUUGUUUGGUUAGGAAAUACCCUUUUGGAAAGAAGCUCAUCCCAGAGGGAGAUGACGAGGCCUAUGGUCGAUUCGAACAAGCUUGUUCUAUCGAACAAAGCUAUUUCGCCGCUGCUGCUGAGACUAUAGGAACCGAGCUUGUGAUCAAGCCAAUGAAAGGUCUUGGUCUCCCCGACGAAAUAAGGGUCGCACAAGCUGAAAAGGACCUUGAUACGGUUUUGGCUGUUGAUGAUAAGAUCUUGGCUAGUCAGAAAUAUCUUACCGGGAACGAAUUGACUUUGGCAGACUUGUUUCACUUGCCCAAUGGAGCGGCCUUGAAGGCAGAUAAAUGGAAGGAGGUAUUCGAAAGAUAUCCGAACGUGGACAGGUGGUUCAAGGAAUUGCAAGAGAGGGAUAGUUGGGUGAAAGCCGCCACGGAGGCAGGAACGAUACCAUGA